GUUCUGGUUUGCCUGUCAGAUUUGUUGAAAGAAUCAUGGGUAGUUGGUUGAGAUGGCUGUGGUACCACAGGAACUACUUCAUCAUCGUUGUCACUCCGCUCGCACUUCUUCCCCUGCCGCUGAUGAGCCCUACACCAGAGGCACGAUGCGGUUAUGCGAUCAUCCUCAUGGCUCUGUACUGGUGUACAGAGUGUAUGCCUCUAGCUGUGACCGCCCUGCUGCCGGUUGUCCUCUUCCCUAUGAUGGGCAUCAUGCAGGCUGGAGCGGUUAGUAUUGAGUAUCUGAAAGACUCAAACAUGCUGUUCAUGGGCGGCCUGUUGGUGGCCAUUGCAGUGGAGCAGUGGGACCUACAUAAGCGUAUCGCUCUCAGAGUUUUGCUGCUGGUCGGUGUUCGUCCAUCCCUGUUGAUGAUGGGCUUCAUGAUCGUCUCGUCCUUGCUGUCCAUGUGGAUCAGCAACACGGCCACCACGGCCAUGAUGUUGCCCAUCGCCCAGGCCGUGCUGGAGCAACUGAAAGCCACAGAAUCCCGGGCGGACGAGAGAGAUUUCCAGGCUGCAGCCGCGGAUAACCCCGGGUUUGAGCUGGACAUCAAACAAACUAAGGAGGACAAGACAGAUGAGAAACAGCCAGACACUAAAGCUCAGCAGGAGGACAAAGUGUAUGAAAAUGAGUGGGGUUCAGAGUCACUGUGGGAGGCGAAGAGGAAAGCGAUGGAUGAGAAGUAUGUACGCCUGACUAAAGGGAUGAGUCUGAGUGUGUGUUACUCUGCCAGCAUCGGAGGCACGGCCACGCUCACCGGCACGACCCCUAACCUCAUCCUCAAGGGUCAAAUCGACGAGAUCUUUCCUGAUAAUCCUGAUGUGAUCAACUUUGCCAGCUGGUUCGGCUUUGCUUUUCCCAACAUGGUGCUCAUGUUGGUGUUCUCCUGGCUCUGGCUUCAGUUCAUGUUCCUCGGCUUCAACCUGAAGGAGACAUUUGGCUGCGGCAUGAAAAGCGACAGAGAUAAGGAGGCAUACACGGUGAUGAAGGAGGAGUACAAGAAGCUGGGCCGCAUGAAGUUUGCUGAGGGGGCAGUGCUCACCAUCUUCACCCUGCUGGUGGUCCUGUGGUUCACCAGGGAGCCAGGCUUCAUAGACGGCUGGGCAACAGUGCUGUUCAAUAUGGAGGGACCGUUUGUGUCAGAUGGAACUGUAGCUAUCUUGAUGUCGAUGCUCUUCUUCGUCAUCCCCUCCCGGCUGCCCAGUUGCGGAGGAUACGGCUGCGACGAUGAAGGUAAGACGGUGAAGGCUCCCCCUACUCUGCUGAACUGGCAGGUGGUUCACGAGCGAAUGCCCUGGCACAUCAUCCUGCUGCUGGGUGGAGGCUUCGCUCUGGCUGCCGGCAGCGAGAACUCGGGUCUGUCUAAAUGGCUGGGGGAGAGUUUGGCGCCUCUGCAGAGCAUCCCCCCCUUCGCCAUCUCAAUGCUGCUCUCCCUGCUGGUGGCGACUUUCACUGAGUGCUCAAGCAACACAGCCACCACCACCCUGUUCCUGCCCAUACUGGCCUCAAUGGCCGUAGCUAUUAAGAUACACCCGCUGUAUGUGAUGAUGCCCUGCACCCUCGCCGCCUCUCUGGCCUUCAUGCUGCCUGUGGCAACACCACCCAACGCCAUCGCCUUCUCUUUUGGAAAACUCAAAGUCCUCGACAUGGUAAAAGCCGGCUUCAUACUGAACCUCAUUGGGAUUCUGACCAUUAAUUUAGGCAUCAACACCUGGGGAUAUGCCAUGUUUGACAUGGGCACCUUCCCUCAGUGGGCCAACGUUACACAAGAGUAACCGUGAGUGAUGGAGGACAGAGAGAAAUAGACAAAGAGACUGAGAGAGCGAAUGACAGAGAAUCUGUAUUUAAAGGAAGGAAGAGAGUUUGAAUUUUGAGAGCAGAGCAGAAGCUUUGAUUAUAUUGUUGUAGAAGGAGAAGAAGGGAAGGAAAUGAAUGGUAGGCUGCAGUAAACGUGGUAAAAAACAUAUUUAAAGAUGAACCUGAUCCUGAAUAAUGUGCCGUUUGGAUACAUUGCACUCAGCAGUGGUGAACCAAAGAUUACCACAACUGUGAAGUGUACUCAUCUUCUUCAGUACGACUAAAACAGUUACACUAUCGGUACUCUGAAUCAAUGUUUUAAUUAUAAUCAAACCUGCAUUACUAUGAACGAUAUAUAAAAACUGUGAUGGAUUUAUAACCAAAACUGAGAGAAACUUGAAGCGCUGUCAGACUGUCAGCUGUUAUCAGACAGACUGUCCACCGUUAGCGUUCAGUACUUCCUCGUGUCGUUCCAGUGACGGAACAGGAGAGAAAUGAUGCUUUUAAAAAGAAAAAACAGAGGUCAUUUCCUCAUGAACGUUCACUGCAUGUGAUGUCAUCUUGUUAAUGUAUUUAUCCAUCACAAAUAAUGUGAAGUUGCAGUACGCUGUGUGUUUGAAUGCUGAUUGUUUAAAAUGAUGUGAUUAUAUUAAUUACUGAAGUUGUUUUUGCAGACAUUAGCUGAAAUUGAAUUAAUUGUAUCAGUUAAUUUAACUUAUUACUUUGGUCCUUUUUUUGGACUUUAAGUGUUUUGUUUUUUGUUGCAUAUUUGAUUUCUUAUCAGUGUUUUUGUCACAGUUUUUACCGUAAACAAGCAUUGAGUUUACAUAUCUUUAUCUUGACAUUUCUAGACGCUCCCCAGAGGAAUAGAAGUCAAAGCUAUUAAAGGAAUAGUUCAACAUUUUGAGAAAUGUGCUUAUUUGCUUUAUUUUUGUGAGUUAGAUGAGAACGCUGAAUUGAAGUACACUAAAUAAGCUACAGUCAUAAAAACUGGAAACAGUUAGCAAAAUCCACCUAUCAGCUCCUCUAAAACCGUCUUUAAUCCGUACAAAAAAAAAAAUCCGUACAGUGACUUCCUGGAGUCUCCGCUCACGGUGAUGAUCGGACUUCAGGAAAUCGCUGCACUUGCCCAAUAAAUAGUCAGUUUUUAACAAACAAGGUAAGAGAGGGGAGACCCAAAAAUGCCCGCUAGGUGAAUUUACCACUAGUUAGCGUAUACCUACAGCUCAGUGAAACUAAAAUUGGGACUGAAAGGGAGGAAGAUGACUACAGGAAAUAUGUCCAGGAAUGGGAGAAGUGCUGGGAGAAGUGUAUCACGUCUCAAGGAGAGUACUUUGAAGGAGAUUAGAAAGAUUUAUUAUGACAGUUUUUUAACAAUUCCAGGUAUUUUUGGGUCUCCUCCUCGUAUAACAUGUUAAUUAGUGAGCUUUAGCGGUGCUGGUAGGUGUAUUCUCUAACUUUGGACAACUGUUUCCAUCUUUUUCAAGUCUUUACACUAAGCUAAGCUAACUGGCUGCUGAUAGCACCGUCACAUUGAAUGGAUAGAUAUGUACAGACAGAGUGGCAUCAAUCUUCUCAUCAUAAAAAUAAAUUGCUGAGAAAGCAUAUUUUCCAAAAUGUCAAACUAUCCAUUUAACAUACUUACUCCUGUAAUUAAGGCGAACAUGUACAAAGUUCAGAUGACAUUGAAAUACGUCUUUACACAUUCAGGAAAACACGUGAGAGAAAUGCAAAAGUGCACAAAUCUCACUAAUAGGAAGGUGUUACUAAUAUUUGUACACUGUGUUCAGAUGUGAAGGUUGGUUGAAGGAUAACUCAGAUAAGAGGCUGCCAACAGGAUACAAUCAGAGCAGAGAUCAGUAUCUGCUGUGUUUAUUACAGUUAAUGUAAUAAACAUAAAAUGUGGAAGAGAGACAGAACGUCCCAGCAGAGCUCCCAACACGCUGCAUUAAUAUGUUUCUUUUCUCGACAUUAUACUUUUAUGUA